AUGCAAGACUUCAAAAGAAAAAAAGAAAGAAAAAAGAAAAAAAGAAAGAAGAAAAUAGAUAAAGAAAAAAGAAAAGAAAGAAAAAAAGAAGAACAA